CUCUAUGGGCGCGCGUGUGUGUGUUUCUGUAUCGGGGGGAGGAGGGGACAGGGGGCAGCAAGGAUUCAAAGAAGAAACCGAGCCCUUCCUGGGAACUCAGACCUGGGUUCGGGGUUCUGAGGGCCGGGAGCUGCCGCCAACACGCGCCCCCGAGCAGACCCCGCGGAGGAACAACCAGCGCCCCGAGUGUGAUGGAGCGGCGGGGAGGGGGCCCUGCGCCCCGCGGCCACCGCGGUGGGUACGAACCUGGGGAUCCCAGGACGGACAGUGAGAGCCCUGCUCCCCGGCCGCCCCUGCCGCGCCGCGCGCUCCGGGGCCUCGGAUGCUCCCGGAACCCCCGCGGGCGGGGCCUGCCUUCCGGAGCCGGGCGGGCGGGCGGCGCUGGGAAAGGGCUGUCACUUUCCCAGAGCGGCGGGGCGACGUCAGGCGGAAGGGCGCGGGGCGCGCACGCUUUAAAUGGCAUUCGCUGUCAUCCGAGCUCGCAGGCGUGUGGGCAGCAGCGGGCUAUAUAAGCGGCGGGCCGGGCCGCCGCGAGCAGACGGCGACAGCGGCGGCGGCGGCGAGCGCCUCGGAGCGCAGCGGAGCAGCGCCCCCAGUCCCCGCGCCCCCCGACGGGCCCCCCCGCCCGCCCUCCCGAGGAGCGCCGACCCGGGCCCGCGAGGGCCGCCGCCACCCCGCAGCAGAUUUGGAUCCCCCGCCCGGCGAGCCCCAGGCUGCUGCCUCCCGGGGGGCCCCGGCGCAGCGGCCGCCCCCGGAGAGCCCCGGCACCCCGCCGCCCGGCCCCGAAGCCGCCGGCAGUGCCAUGGCGGCCGCCAAGCCCGGCGAGCUGAUGGGCAUCUGCUCCAGCUACCAAGCGGUGAUGCCGCACUUCGUGUGCCUGGCCGACGAGUUCCCGCAGCCCGUGCGGCCCGCCAAGCUGUCCAAGGGCAAGGGCCGGCUGCGGCGGCCGCGCCAGUCCCGCUUCAAGACGCAGCCGGUGACCUUCGACGAGAUCCAGGAGGUGGAGGAGGAGGGGGUGUCCCCGAUGGAGGAGGAGAAGGCCAAGAAGUCGUUCCUGCAGAGCCUGGAGUGCCUGCGCCGCAGCACGCAGAGCCUGUCGCUGCAGAGGGAGCAGCUCAGCAGCUGCAAACUGAGGAACAGCCUGGACUCCAGCGACUCCGACUCGGCCCUGUGAGGGGCGCCGCCCGCAGCGGGCACUCGCGGCCCGCCCGGGGAGCAGCGCGCGAACCCCGGGACGGCCCGCACCCCGGGGAGCCCCGAGGACCGGGGCCCGCCGCCCCUCGCGCGCUUGGACUCUCGCCCGCCGGCGAACUGCUCGGUGCGCCCCGCGCCGCGCUUGUCCUGGGCCGGCGGGAGCGCGCGCACGGGGCGCCGGGGAGGGGCCGCUUUCUUCGCCCUUGUAAAGGUUUAUUUUUUAACUCUGCCCAGUACGAACUCUGCUGCGAGCGUGUGCGGGGAGGCCCGCCCGCGCCCAGGCGGCCCGGGGUCGCCAGGGCUUCCUGGAGAGCCCCUCCACGCCCGCCCUUGUCCGAUGGUUUGCAACUCCGAUUUUGCACACCGCUCCACCGUGCCCCCCAGCGCACACCCGUUCUCACUCACGCCAACACACUCUCGCUGAACACUUUUCUAAGCGUUAGGCGCGGCUGAUGGACUCGGGGCGCGGCGCGGCUGCCGCUGCGCCGGAGGGUUGAUAUUUAUUUUUGCAUUGCGAUGGCUGACGGCCUUUAUUUAAUGAUCUUUUUACUUGGAUAUGUCUGUGAGGCUCCGGAACGGAGACAAAUAAAGUCAAUAUAUUUGCACAGUGCA